CUUCUAUUUAAGCCUUCUCUUCCUUAAAUUCGAUUUCCACACGAGGGGCCGAAGCCGUCCAGUCCCCACCCCGUGGUUCCACACGUAGGGCGGAGGCGGAGGCCGUCUUCAGGGGAUCACGUUGGUGGGCCCCGCUGACCACCGCUUACCCCCUCGGACCUGGUGGGACCCUUCAAAAGCUCAGUUUCCACGUCUGUAAAACGGUGUCGCAGUAGUACCCACCUUAAAGCGUGUAAGGGCUUAAAUGAGAAGUCUCCGCCCGGAAUACCUAGCAGAGAGCCUGUAGGAGUGCAAAAAUAAAAGGCCCUUAACAUUGCAAGUAGAGUAGAGGAAAGUGAAAAAGCAUCUAAAGAUGAAGGCGUUUCAGACCAUCUGCCGGCAGCUCAGAAGUUCAAAGGGGUUUUCUGUAGAACCAACGACCCGUGUGGAUUUCUCCACUUCCUCUUAUUCCUGUAGCCGGAAGAAAAAAGUGAACCCUUAUGAAGAAGUGGACCAAGGAAGGUAUUCUGAUUUGGUACAGUCUGUCUUGUCAUCCAGAGGCCUUGCUCAGACUCCAGAAUCAUUGUUCGAGGAGGAUAAUUUACUGUAUGGACCUGUGAGUAAGUGUAAGCCCCCAAAGCAAGAUGAGGCGGCAAAAGUUCCAGGAAACUGGUGUCCUCUCUUCAAUCCAGAGAAAAGCAUGAAACCAAAUGCAACAAGUACUCCUACAAUUCCUUUGAGAAUCCCUUUGCAAAGAAACACGAUUCCAAGUGUGACCAAGGUCCUUCAACAGACCAUGACAUCAGAACAGAUUUUCUACUUGGAGAGGUGGAAACAGCGGAUGAUUCUGGAAUUGGGAGAAGAUGGCUUUGCAGAAUAUUCUUCAAACAUAUUUUUACAAGGGAAACGGUUCCAUAAAGCCUUGGAAAGCAUACUUUCACCCCAAGGAGACUUGAAAGAGAGAGAUGAGAAUCUUGAAUCUGGAUAUGUCGAAAGUGUCCAGCAUAUUCUGAAAGAUGUCAGUGGAGUGCGAGCUCUUGAAAGUGCUGUUCAACAUGAGACCUUAAAGUAUGUAGGUCUGCUGGACUGUGUGGCUGAGUAUCAGGGCAAGCUGUGUGUGAUUGAUUGGAAGACAUCAGAGAAACCAAAACCUUAUAUCCGAAAUACGUUUGACAACCCGCUGCAGGUAGUGGCCUACGUUGGUGCCAUAAAUAAUGAUGCCAACUACAGCUUUCAGGUUCAGUGUGGCUUAAUUGUGGUUGCCUACAAGGAUGGAUCCCCUGCUCACCCCCAUUUCAUGGACACUGAGCUCUGUUCCCAGUACUGGGCCAAGUGGCUUCUUCGACUAGAAGAAUAUACGAAGAAGGAAAAGAACCAGAAUAUUCAGAAACCAGAUUAGAGGACAGGACACUGUUUGGGAACAUUCAGUAGUUCCUCACAGUUUGGGAAGAUACAUUGUUGUUUACUGUAGAGAUGUGACAGGAUCUAAGAGCUUCAUUACACAAGUGGAAGUAUUGUUGAAAUGUAGUACAGCCAAAAAGAUUGAAAAGCCAGAAGAGUUUAGAUUUUAAAGGUUGGACUUGAGCAUAUAAAAAAAAAGCACAAGGAAGUAAGGUCUGUCACUUACCUGGAAAAGGGCAAGCAGGACUCACACAGCAUUGGUGUCCCUUGGACUCCCCCAGCAAACUUUCUGUUAUCCCAAGGAGGAUGCCCAGUCUUUGAAUUGAGAUUGGAGAGGGUGAGGCUUGAUGUGCAAGAAGUUCCCUCAGGGUACCCUGGGAGGGAAGGGGCCACACGCCCCCAGGCUAUGUGUGGGGUGGGGGGAACUUGCAUCAGCCAACUCCUACUGCCAGUGCAGCCUCCUAAAACUGGUUUUAUAUAUUGAAGUUUUUUUUGUUUUUGUUUUUGUUUUAAAUUUAUUUUUAAGACAGAGACAGAGCAUGAGCAGGGAAGGGGCAGAGAGAGGGAAACACAGAAUCUGAAGCAGGUUCCAGGCUCUGAGCCAAAGUCGGACGCCAAAGGCCAACCAGGUGCCCCUGAAGUUUUCUAUAUAUUUCAUUUGGGGGAAAAAAGCUUCCUUUUAACUUUUUUGGAAAAUAAAUAUGUGAGUCCUUAGCCUCAAAUAAGCAUUGCUCUCUGGGAAGAUGGAGCAUCAUUGCCAGUCCCCCCUAGCAUACACUAAAUAACUCCCACAGGUAUCCAGACCCCAGUCUGAGAUGCGUAACUAUAGAUAUUUUAGUAGCUUUAUCCUGGUUUGAGUCAGUGAACCAUGUGCACAGAGAAAAAGUAUCAUUUAUGAGAUUUUUCAGCUAGGGAGAACAAUAAUCUAAUUUUUCUGUGUUUAAUAAGUAAUAAAAAUUAUUAGUUGUCACUAGGAUCAGGAAACUUGAAUAAAUGGCCAGUGUAGCUUUGGGAGAAGGUUCCCUGUUGUAUGGGAUGGGUUAGCAUUUGAGUGACAGCUGUGGUCUUAAAAUAAUAGGGUGCUACAGUCACUUUUUUCUUAGCUGUUAAUUGUAAGAAAUAAAAUACAAGAUGUGAGUAAAGUAA